UCUGGGCUGCAACGGGCGAUGCCUGCGAGGACUUAAUCCUCAAAUCUUGUACACCUCCACGUGGUCACCUGAUACGCCUCAUCCCGUUGAUUUUAAGGUGUAGCCGCCGGCCGCCAUGGGCAAGCAGAACAGCAAGCUGCGGCCCGAGGUGCUGCAGGACCUGCGCGAGAACACCGAGUUCACGGACCACGAGCUGCAGGAGUGGUACAAGGGCUUCCUCAAGGACUGCCCCACCGGCCACCUGACGGUGGACGAGUUCAAGAAGAUCUACGCCAACUUCUUCCCCUACGGCGACGCCUCCAAGUUCGCUGAGCACGUCUUCCGCACCUUCGACACCAACGGCGACGGCACCAUCGACUUCCGGGAGUUCAUCAUCGCGCUGAGCGUCACCUCCCGGGGCAAGCUGGAGCAGAAGCUCAAGUGGGCCUUCAGCAUGUACGACCUGGACGGCAACGGCUACAUCAGCCGCAGCGAGAUGCUGGAGAUCGUGCAGGCUAUUUACAAAAUGGUGUCCUCUGUGAUGAAGAUGCCCGAGGACGAGUCCACUCCAGAGAAACGGACAGACAAGAUCUUCAGGCAGAUGGACACCAACAAUGAUGGCAAACUGUCCCUGGAAGAAUUCAUUAAAGGUGCCAAGAGCGACCCCUCCAUCGUCCGGUUGUUACAGUGUGACCCCAGCAGUGCAAGUCAGUUCUAAGGGACCCGACGUCUGGACAGUUACAGAGAAACACAGGCUUGUCUCGCCGUUUAAGCUUUGCUUGCAAAAGUGGAUGCCUCUUCGACCAUUCCUGCUCUCCCGGGCCAGGCCAGGUGCCACGUGGCACCUGCCCAGCCCUGCAGCUGCACCUCCCUCCUCCACCUGGCCUUCUCCCACCCCUUCCCCGGUCCCAUCCAGGGUGACUCCUGGGGAUGUUUACACGCAGGGUUCAGUGUUCUCGCUUCCAGGGCACCUCCCCGCCCUCAGGGAGCCCAGAGGACACCACCGAGGACACUGGUGGGCCUUUCUAAGAUGGCGCUAAGGCCAGCUAAUUUAUUUUGUGAUUGCAGGUGAAUGCGGGUAAGGUGGGAACAAGAAUGGAGGGAGAGUAGACGGCAAGCCCUCCCCGUGCAUGGCACCACCUAGCUCGUUCAUUUUCUCUGACCAAAGCCGCUCGCACGUAUAUAUACUGUGGUUUCCUUUCUUUUAAUAUAUAAAUUAUGCGUAUGGUGAAGUGAAAUGUCACGUGUAGGUUCCGUAUUUAAUGCCUCGACUGCCUCUGAAGUGUGGUUCUCUUGUGGCCUGUGACCCUUCCGAGCCUGGUUAUUUUGUGGUAUUUAUGCACUCCACCUGCCCGUCUCAAAAGGAAAUGCAUGCGUCCCAUUGCCAUGGAGACCCUCCUGUCCACACAGUGACCGCAGGCGUCUGUGUAAAGUUUGUCCUCCUGUUGAUUGGUCCAGCAUUUCCUGUAUUAAAAUGAUCAAAUAAACGGAAUUCUCUGA